UUCGCUGAGAGCCUGGAGAUACUCGUCUUGCAGCUUCUUGUGGACCGAAGGCAGCAUGUCACUGUCGAGGAACUCCCGUCUGGUUCCGGACAAUAUCAUGGAAUCUCUCGGGGACCUCUCGACUGCUCACGGCCCGUGGGUUCUGUUCCGCAUUGAUCCCAGCGGGAAGUUUUCCAACCGGAGCAUCGAACUCGAAUCCGACACUCGAUAAUUCACAGCAAACCCCGUCUAAAUGCCACGUGUCACCCCGUUUCAGCUACUCAUGCGAGGCUGCUGCUGUAAGAUGAAACCAGGUUAGUCUCUCGCCGUCUCAGAAGAGGUUGCGAGCGAGCACCAGUCGAUCACGCUCAAUAAGUAAUAUCCUACCCGUUCAGGCUCCACUUUUGAAUCUGGUGAACUUCUUGGCACCUGGCGAUCAGACCUCUCUUUCCUCUUCUUGUGACAACUUCGUUUUUUAUUUAGUAUGUUAAUAUGGCUUCAUUUUCCCAUAUUUUUGCCGUGCUGGCAUGGUUUGCGUUUCUUCAUGGCUCAGAAGUCGCUGCAAGUAACAGCAGUCUGGUUCCCUUUCGAAUAAUGCCGUUGGGGGCGUCGGUCACAUUUGGAGUUGGAUCAACAACAGGAGACAGCUACCGAAAGGACCUGGAGGACCUACUCUUAGCGAAUGGGAAUACCGUCACCUAUGUUGGGACGAAUAAGAAUGGAAACUUCACGGAUAAUGCUGUUGAAGCCGUCUCUGGUUUUGUCAUCUCACAAAUUUCAGCGCUGGCAAACACUGCCGUCCCACAACUAAAACCCAAUCUUGUCCUCCUCGAUGCCGGCACGAACAAUUGCAACCAGGGUGGAACGGUACCGGAUGCAGGAGCCAAUGUCACGAGUUUAAUCAACAACAUCUUCCAGCAGAGCCCCGGAGCAACCGUGAUCCUAACAACGAUUCUUGUCAACCCCGCUGCAGCACAAGAUGCAUGUCGUGUUACAGUAAACGAACAGUACACCGCACUAGCAAACAAAAUUCAAUCUAUCGGCGCGAAGCUAAUUCUAGUCGAUAUGCGUAGCCUCGCCGGGCCCCUCGUAACCGAUCUCGCAGAUGGCCGACACUCAAACGACGCAGGGUACGUAAAGAUGGCUAAUGUCUGGUUCUCGGGGAUCCAAGAGGUGAUAAGUAAGGGGAUGAUAGUGAAGCCUUCGACAAAUGCGACGGCAGUAGUGGGAAGUACAGGCAAUGUGGCGAAGAGCUCUACUACGAGUGCCAGGGCUAGUCAAACUUCGAGUACGUUGGUCACCACACCGUCGCCAGUCAAAGGCUCGGGAACGAGAGCAGUUGGGACGGGAGGUCGGGAGGCGGGUUUGAGGGUAGGAAUGGGGUUUAUGGUUGCUGCUGCGGGUAUAUGAUAUCAGGAUGGAGACAGGUGGAACUUAUACACAUAAUAUAAUGCGU